AACACCGGCCCCCAGAUUCUCUGAAGACAGCUAUUUCGACGCAAGCGCAAACCCAGAUGCAGAGGUCAUCGAGCGAUCCUUACAACGUCGGCGCAUCUUGGAAGAGCUUUUGAGCACCGAGGAAAGCUAUAUCAGUGAUGUCAGUUUUUGAUGAACGUCUAUGUCACAAUUCUGGCUUCUAUGCCUACCACCCACGAAGGGCUCCGGCAAUCAAUAAACAGAAAUCUCACGGAGAUCGUGGAACUUCAUCAAGAAAUGCUUAGCGAACUCCAUUUGGUGGUUCCAUGCUCUGAGUUCCCCACAGCCGACGGCUUGGCCCUGGGGGUACAUUCCAGUGUGGUGCCAACCAAACGCCAUCACCGCUGGCACAGUCUCGACUCGGUUGACGAGCAUAGAGGCGACAAGAGAAGGUCGCAGGCUGGCAGCGGUAUGGUUGCGGACCCGGUGGUAGCCGCAGAGGUGGCGCGAAUUUUUGCGCGUCGAACACAUCGAUUCUUCGUGUAUGAAGAGUAUGGUGCCAAGUAUGAAAUGAUGAUCAAGGACUUGGCAUCAGCUAAUCAGACUAUUCCCGGAUGGGAGUCAUACCAAAGGGGUCUUGAAGCGCUCGCAGCUUCUAUUGGCUCGGAACAGCAGAACCUAGACGAUUUCAAAAAGUCCCUCACGAUCGCGGAUCUGCUCGUCAACCCAAUUCAGAGAGUCUGCCGGUAUCCUCUACUGUUCUCAGAGCUGCUCAAGUAUACCCCGGCAUGCGACUGCCCAGGCUCGCAUAUGGAAAUAGAGGACGUUCUAUUCCGGCUGCGAGAAGCUACUACUGAGAUCAACAGAGCAACCGAUGAUCCCGACGUAAAGGCUUCCUUGGAAAAGACAUGGCUGUUACAGGAUCGCCUUGCCUACCCUAGUCAGAAAAUGGACUCGGCGUCCCGAUCCAAGACCCGGUCUUUUGGGCAGAUCCAGCUCUGUGGGGUCCUGCAUGUCUGUUGGCAGAGUGAUAAUGGGGUCGAAGGGGUUUACAUGAUUUCGCUGCUGUACAAGGACCGGCUCUGCCUUGCAACGGCCGACAAAGGCGAUCAAAGAUACCUCAUUCGGCUGUGUGUCGGUCUCGGCGGAGUUCGGAUCGAGGAAGUCGACAAUGGGCGAGGACUCCAAUGCCACACCGCUCCCUUUUCCUGGAAGCUUGUAUUUGAGCACGACUGCCAAUUGUACGAAAUCAUAAUGACUGCCUGUAAUCCGAAGGAAGAGUCUGAAUGGCGCUCACGCCUCACUCGGCCCGAUCCUGAGCAAAAUUUCGGCGUCUGCGAGGCUGCGCCCUCAGAUUCGAUGAGCUUGAACAUCAAAAGCCUUGGGACGAUCUUUGGCAAGCCUGGAACUAUUGCUCGUCGCGUCUCUAUCCAGCGAGCAACUACUGUUGGGUCCAAAUCCGCGCUGUGCCAAGUGGUGCUCAAAAACACAACAACAAUCAAAGACAGUUCUUCUCAAGCAUCAGGAUCGACCAUCAGCCGGUCACAAUCACUACUCACAACAAGUCCGCGGAACACGCUAGCCCCUGCUAUAGCUGAGCGAGUCAGGUUGGAGGUUUUGCUUGCGGAUGUGUGGAGUAGGGAGACCUUGCCUUUCCCGGGCAUGACGAGUCGUUCGAGAAGUGAGCACUUGGUGCGCAACUCUGCAUCUACCGUCAUGCGCAAGCUCAGUGUGGCAAGCAUCUCUAGCUCGUUUUCAAAACGAACAACACCGCUCGGGCCAGUAGCCAAGAAGCAAGACAGCGGCAGGGUCGUGCCACGGACGAGCUGUGGCGAGUACACAUCCUCGGUGGAGGACAUUGAAGAGCCCGAGCCAGGACUUCCCAUGAUCAGGGAUGAAGCCGAACGAAGCAAAAGCAGUCUUCCGCACGCCUUGGACAGUGGGGCCGCAUCCGACCUUGGUCCUCACCGUGACAGCGUACCACGCUUUAAGUCGGCCAAGUCGUACGAAGUUCUGAGGAGGGGAGAGGACAUGCUGACUUGUGGAAGCCCUAUCCUUCGGACGGCCUCGGUCAACAGCAGCCGGCACAAAAGGCUAUCCAUCAAGUCUGUCUCGUCACGUAUCCUAGAAAAGGAGAACGUUGUGGAGCAUCGGGCAGUGCCUGUAGUACGAGAACAACAUGGACCGUUGGGGAAAAAGUGGGCUCGGGUGAAGACCUUGAACCGAGAGCUCAGGUCGUCAGGACUUCGCAGCCUUUUCCGAUAGGUGGGGGAUGCGCUUUUCGCCUUAUGCUUGCGCAAUAGCGCCAGGGGCUCUGUAUCAGUGCCGGUAUGCAGGUCUUCAC